AUGGAAUUGCAAGUGUUUAUAGUUAAUUAAGAACUCGAAAGAACGCAAUUGCAUUUGAAUAACAACUAACAAUGCGCUUAAGCUGAACUUGAAAGAACUUACUUUUUCAUAUUUUCUGGAAAAUUAUUUGAGAAUUAACUAAUUUUUUAAUUAGGUUUACUUCUUCCCAUAAUUUGUUUCCUUCGUUGAAUUACAAUGAUCAUAAUGAUCAUGAUAAUGAUGACAUUGAUUUUCAAUUUUUAUAUAUAUAUAUAUAUAUAUGUUUUUUUUUAAUUCGAAAAGAUUCGACCGAGAUAAGAAAUUGUUUUAAAAAUCGUCUUUUCAAUCUUGGCAAACAAAACACAGUUGAUUUCAAAUGGAAACGAUAAAUCAAUUGAAACAACUCGUUAUUUCAAGUUUUGUCAACAUUUCUCCCAAGUUUGAUCUCGAUUAAUCAGUUUAUUUUAAAUUCAUCCAGCCGGCCGACUAAAGCAAAUGAAAGACACACGAUUGAUCAGAAUUUUUCUUAUCGCGUUUAUUUUUCAAUCACUUCGUUUCCUGUGCCAAAUUUUUGUUUUCAAUAUCCAAUGUCGUGAGUACAAUUUUUAAAUUUUUUCAUGUUUCUCAAUACAAUUGUCAGUAAUUUCAUUUUAUAGCUCAGUCAGUAUCUAAUGAUUAUUAACAACCUAAUUUCACGUUAACAUAUCAAUAACAAUUGUAUUGUGACGUAUAUUUUAUUGUACAAAAUAUUAUUGCAAGACUUUCGCUCAACAGUGCAUUAUGCAUAUAAAAAAGAAAUUUAGAAGUUUCAUCUCGAGGACAUAGAGUUUGGAAAGAAACUUUCUAGUGGGUGAUCAAUGAUUCAGGUUUCCGUGACGCUUCCACUUGGAAAACUGAAAAUGAAGAUUGUUUCCUCAUCGUAGACGGUUGGAAAAGCUUUUGGAAAGACAUUGCACUUCCACCUCCAGUAUGUUGUCCCUGUAAUAUGCAAACUGGAAGUCUAUUAGCCGACGAUAGAGCAUUUCUGUGGUCGGAAUAUAAAGACGCGAAAAAUCAUCUGGAUAAUAACGUAGCAGCGCGCCACUCGAGCGCGGAGGAUGCUCGUAGACAACCAUCUUUCAUUAGUUAUAAAAGGGUUAGGCGGAUGGAAAGCCGAGCGAACAAUUACGAUAAUGGUGAGAAGCCGCACAAGUGCGUGGUAUGUGGCAAGGCGUUCUCCCAGAGCAGCAAUCUGAUCACGCACAUGCGCAAGCACACGGGUUACAAGCCGUUCCAGUGUGGCCUCUGCGACAAGGCGUUCCAGAGGAAGGUCGACCUACGACGACACCGGGAGGGACAGCAUCCAGCAGCCCCGGCGCUUGAUUAUCGCUCCCUUCAGCUACCCUCGCAGCCCGCCAACGUCAGACACUCGCCGUCGUCGUCGCUACAACCUGCCGCCGGUUAUCACAUGAUACCUGUCCCCAGUAACAGUUGAGAUUCUUUCACGACCUUCCUGUCAGCGCUCGAAACUUCCCCGAUCGUUCGCCAGCACCGUGUGCCUGUCACUGGUUUCUUUUCGCUCUUUGCCCUCGUGCGUCGAACAAACAAACGGAAAGAGAGAGUCGUGUUUCGCGGAGAAUGAUGUAGAAUGAGUGGGAUACGCGGGUUGAAAGUAGUAUCUAGCUGAUGUCUAGAGUACGCACGUGUACUACAAGGUGUUGAGGAAAUUUAAUAAUUUAUCAAUUACAGAAACUUCAUAA